AAUAAAUCACUAAAAAGAAGGAAGAAAAGUAAUUAAAUAACGCAAUUUCAUGAAAAUGUUAUAUAUGUUUAAUAAAUAUUGAAUAUGUUAAGAAAAAUAAUGACUAUUUCUAGACAAGAUACAUAUGAAUGUGUAUAAUUGGGUGGAUUUGUGUUGGAUAGUAACAAACCAUGCUCAUCCAUUACGUGCAAUAUUCGAUUCAAGUUUUACCGGUACUCACCGAAAAUCUUUUGGCUUUGGAAUUUGCCCUACCUGAUUAGGUCGAAUUUGGACGGAUAUCCACGGUUGUGAAUAUUAUGCCAUCCCUACCGCUCUUGUGCUUCAUCACUGAUAACAACACUUUUGUUCCUUACAUUGAGUUUCGAAAAUCUAUUUUUUUACAAUAAGGAAAGAAAGAGUGACAUCCCCAAAGAAAACCCCAUUUUAGGCACAUACCAAAAAAUGAAGACCCAAACUGGUGCUCGGAGCGCAAUUUCUUUUUCAAAGCAACCAUAAAUUAAAAAUGUGAAAAUGAGCCUUUGGUAAAUUUAAAUCAUCUAGAGAGUCUCCUAAGCCCUGUGCAAGAACCCUUUUCGCUAGAAAACUUAAGGGAAUACUUUUUUCUUUGAAGAAAAGGAAUAAGGAAGAGAAAUUCUUACUGCACAUGCAAUGAUAUUUCACUUCCUAUAUAGAUCCCCUUCCUCCAAAUGUUAGAACUUGAAAAUUUUAUCAAAUCAAAGGAGAAGGAUAUCAAAUUUAUUAUGGAUAAGGAGGCCGUAAUCCCUGUCUAGAUUUUUUUUGUGAAAGAGUCCCCAUAAACCCUCUGAAUUUGGCAACCAUGGCACAAAAAAUUACUCUUUCCCAGAUUACUCCAGUACAAAGUUUAAGACAUACUAAAUGAAUUUUUAGAGGUUCUAUGUGGAAAAUAAGUUGUUGCACCAAUCCUAGAUACCUUCAUCGGGAUGCAUAGUCUAUGCAAGGGGAUAGGUUACGGUGAUUACUAUAAAGUAAUCACCUAAGGGCAAAUUGGGUAUAACAAAAAAUUUAUUAAUGAUCUUUUUUAAUAAAUUACAUUUUAGGAAAUUACAUAAAUAUAUUAAAUACAAUUUUUCUCUCUCUCUUUCUCUCAGUUCCACAAUUUUUCAGCCAGAUCUCUCUUCCUUCUUUUUCUCAAUCUUUCCUUGAUUUCGUUCAUCCAAACUAAUACCGCUGCAACAAUAAAACAAUAAAUCAAUACCAAUCCAUUAAAAAAAUACUACCAUUGUACAAAACAUCUAUACCAUUCAAGAAAUAAAAACACUACCAUUUCAGAAAACAUCAAUACCAUUGCAGAUUUAAUCACUACCAAUGCGACAAAAUCAAUAUCAAUGUAACAAAAUCAAUACCAAUGCGACAAAAUCAAUACCAAUGCAACCAUAACACUACCACUAUGGGAAAAAAUGACUACCAUUUAAAAAAAAAAUCACUACGGAAAAAUAUGACUACCAUAACAGCACCAAAUCUUUCCAGUUCCCAAUGUGAGUAUCUAUUGAUCAAUCAAUCAAUCAACAAUUUCGUGGGGGUUAGUUAAGGGGAAAUUAAUUAAUGUCUGUUGAUGGGUUUUCAGAUUGCAGAACGAACAAAUGGGAAGAAACAGUACAAGGAAAGUGGAAGCAGAGCAGAAGGCUGCAGGGGAGAAGAAAGCAGCGGUGGUAGAGGAGCCAAAUGAAGUGGAGACUCGUCAGAACGAAAAACAGUCGGAGGAGCAACAACAACAGCCGGAGCAGCCAGUGAAGACAACGACAGAAGAACCUCAAAGCACGACGUACUGUAAGGUCACGGCACCGGCAAAGAGCUGUAAGGUCAGAGGCCUAAGAUCGCUACUGACGGCGGCGACGAUGGGGGAGGGAUGGGAGGGCGGACGACGUUGGGGGAGAGAGAGAGGAGGGUAGGGUGGGGGGAGGGAGGGAGGAAUUGGAGAGGGACGAUGACGGCGGCGGGAUGGGGUGGGAUGGGAGGGCGGGCGGCAGGGUAGGGGUGAGGAAAUUAGAGAGUUACUAAUUAACGCCCUAAAAUUAAAAAAUCAUCGCCCUAAAAUGAAAUGAAAUUACACAUUUAACCCCAAUCUCUAACGUUCCUAUCGCCCUAUUCCUGAACCUCGCUCUGCUGCUCUUCCUCGGCUUCGCCCCUCGCCGUCGUCGCCGCCCUAGCUCAUUCGGUGUCGGAUUUCUCAGCGGCUCUGGGGAAGGAGAAAAGGGAGCCUCCGCCUUCAAUGACCCUCCCUCUCCUGCUCGUCCUCUGCUCCACCCGUCACCGCCACCCUCGCUCAGUCGGUGUCGGAUUCCUCACCGCCGCUGAGGAAGGAGAAUAGGAAACCUCCGGUGAGAAGAGGAGCGGGGUUGGGAACGCCUUCUCUCAUGUUCUGCCCCGCCCACUGCAGCCGCCACCCACCUUUGCAGCUCCUGAACUCGAGGAGGAAGAAGGAAUCCGAUUGAAACAAUCUGCGACGGAGAAGGGCUACAAAUGCGGGUGCGAUCGAUAAAAGUUCAGAUCAAAGUAACCCAAACAAUCGAAAUUGUCCUUGAGCGGCGCAACAUCGGAGGUGGAGGUGGCGGUGGCGAUGGGCCGGAGAAGAGCAAAAUUAGGGCUGCCGUUAUGAGGAUUGGGGGCGGAAGCUUUUAGGUAUUGGGGGUACAAUCGUCCGUUUGGGUAAGUUUAGGGCGAAAAAUUUAAAAAUUUAGGGUGUUAAAUAGGAAUCCAGGGAAAUUAGGGCCGGUAGCAGUGGGAUGGAGGAGGAUGGGUUGCAGUAGGGUUUAUAUAUAUGUAUAUAUAUAUUGUAAUCAGGUGUUGCUUUUUUUUAUUUCCAAAAUUAUCCUUUAUGUAAUCUAACUAUUAAUUUAAAAUUAAGGUAAAAUAGAGAUAAUGAAUGGUGUAGACUUUAGUAGCCACCAUGAUUACUAAAAAAUAAGUAACCAUGCUAACCUAUUCCUCUGUGCAAGCAAGGAUCAAAAAAGUGCUAGACAUAAGGCGGACGUUGGGGCCUUGCCUAGCACCUAGUUCACCUAGACGUAUCCUAAGCGUGCUUAGGCAUUGGAAACAAAAUAGCAAUUUAUACUACAUAAUGAAUGAAACAUUAAUUU